UCUGGCUGUGGCGGCGAUGGCGGCGGCUUCCUCUUCGGCCUCGGCCGCGAGUUGCCAGGAGGGCCCAGCGGUGGCAGCAGGGUGUGGAUGGAGCGAGUCUCAGUUCCGUCGUUACUCCUUCGAGACGCGGCCUAUUCCUCGGCUCAGCCAUAGUGACCCCCGCGCCGAGGAGCUCAUCGAGAAUGAGGAGCCAGUGGUACUAACAGAUACAAACCUGGUUUAUCCUGCUCUGAAAUGGGACCUGGACUACCUCCAGGAAAACAUUGGUAAUGGAGACUUCUCGGUGUAUAAUGCCAGCACACACAAGUUUUUGUACUAUGACGAAAAGAAGAUGGCCAAUUUUAAGAACUUCAAACCCAAAUCAAGCAGGGAAGAGAUGAAGUUUACUGAGUUUGUGGAGAGACUCAAAGAAAUACAACAAAAAGGGAGUUCUGAAAGGCUAUAUCUGCAGCAAACCUUGAAUGACACAGUUGGAAGGAAGAUUGUGGUGGAUUUCCUUGGCUUUAACUGGAACUGGAUUAACAAGCAGCAGGGGAAACGUGGCUGGGGUCAACUGACUUCUAACUUGCUUCUUAUUGGCAUGGAAGGCAAUGUGACACCAGCUCAUUAUGAUGAGCAGCAGAACUUCUUUGCUCAGAUUAAGGGUUACAAGAGAUGUAUCCUGUUCCCUCCUGAUCAGUUUGAAUGCCUCUACCCUUAUCCUGUGCACCAUCCAUGCGACAGACAGAGCCAGGUGGAUUUUGACAAUCCUGACUAUGAGAAGUUCCCAAACUUCCGGAAUGUAGUUGGCUAUGAGACAGUGGUGGGUCCAGGAGAUGUGUUAUACAUACCUAUGUACUGGUGGCACCACAUUGAGUCUCUCCUGAAUGGGGGGAUUACCAUCACUGUGAACUUCUGGUACAAGGGCGCCCCAACCCCAAAGAGAAUUGAAUAUCCAUUAAAGGCUCAUCAGAAAGUGGCAAUAAUGAGGAACAUUGAGAAGAUGUUGGGAGAAGCCUUAGGAAAUCCACAAGAGGUGGGUCCCUUGUUGAAUAUGAUGAUUAAGGGACGGUAUGACUAAUGCCUGGCUGCCUGGGUGACUGAUGUUGGAGCUGCUUUGUUCACAAGCAAUGGAAGAUACUGAGCGCUAGUAUUGCACGCAGCACUUAACAGACUGAUGGGUUUCCUGGCCCAUCCCUGCCCCACUACAAUAAAGGGGGGCUACUGGAACUGCAAAACUGUUAGUACCCUGUUCGUCCUCCACUCUCAUCUAACUGAACCUCCCAAGAAAGAGUCUGCACUUAUUGGAAGCUGGAUUCAUGCUCACUAACUUGUAUUUUUCUCCCUCUGCCCUGUUUUCCACAACAAAGAGUAUGGCUUCUGGCACUUGGAUGUGCCACUUCAGGAUAUUCGGCAUUUGAAGAGGAGCUUGGAGGAAAACCAGGAGCAAUUUUGUUUCACAAUCCUCACAGAGUUUGGAUAUCCUGUCUGGGUUUAUGUGUUGAUGCCUGCAGUGGAUAUAAAAUGGGACAUGAUAAGUUUCACAGUCCUCUGUUGUUAGAGGACCUGUUCAUGCUCAACUCUGGCACCAUUUUGUAUAACAGAAAUGAACAUAUGAGAUGGCCUGUAUGUGCUGAGCAACUGGACAAAUGAUUGAGUUCUUUUAACUUAACACAUCUAUGCUUUGGACUUAGUACAGGGUAGAGAUCAGAGUGAAUUCAUCUAGUGUGUGAGCACCAAAUCCUGUGAUUUCCAAAUAACAUCUAUACUGUAGGAGUCUAGAUAAAUCUACUUUAUGACAGCUUCCUCUGGGGAGUGGAUCCUCUCUUGCUCCUCUGAAGCUGCAGUGUGGUUAAAAGGGUAUGUAGCAUUAUGAAGGGAGAUAUGUAAAUGCCAGGGCACUCUACAAGUCUUGAAUGAUUCAGCCACAUUUUAAAAUAAAAUUCCCCACUGUCAGAAUGCAGUGUCAGAUAGGUAUAGAGCCUCCCUUCUCCUCACCAGGGGUGCUGGCUCCUCAGACUAACAUAGGAAAGUGCCCUUUUGACUGAAACUGCAAGAAUUCUAGUGUGUGUGGCUGCACAUAGGUGUGCAUUUUGUGUGAUGUUUUGUGGCUCCUGUCCAUCAGUUAAAUCCAUGCCAGUGUGUGGUUCCUUUCCUUGUACAGUCGUGUGAAAAAAAGUCAGGGCUUUCUGUUUAAAUGUGGUUAAGAUUAUCUUGAUCCUUUUUGUGUUCUGGGAUUUGGCAUGGCAGGCUGGGAAGUGACAAGGCCAGGGCACAGGAACAAGACAAACCUUGGUUUUAGAGUCUUUGGCAAUCACCCUGGAAAAUCAUUUUGCUUUCUUCCUUGCAGCAGCCUGUGGUUCAUACAGAGAUUGGCGUUUUGUUACCUUGAGGUAUGCAGCACUGCUGUCCCUGGUCUGGGGGGUGGUGCAAAGGUCUCAUGUAUUUGAUAUGGUUGUGAUAGGUCCCAGGAGCUACACUGGGAUAAGCUGUUUCGUAGCCCCUAUAUAUCAUGCCAGGGAAUAGUGGGGAAUUUUUUUCUCUUGAGACUUCCCAGUAUUUUCUCUGCUUUUCUUCAGGGCUUGCUCUGACAUGGGAUUCUGAUAAAAAUACUGAGAACAUGCUGCUCAGGAAGUGCUCCAUCUUUGGCCUCAGGUCUCAUCUUUUGCUUGGACAGCUCAUGCAGCACUUGCAGUGAGCUUAUCCUGUACAAAGAUGAAAAGCUUCUCAAACGGGAGGUCCCAGAGACUAGUUUUCUGACUGCUUUACAAAUGAAGUUUAAUUGGCAGCUGCAGGUCCUUGUUUAAGAAAUGUCUGUGUCACUGCAUAGUUUGACUGCCAUGUUACUUGCUGCAGACUCUCCAAAGCUGUGAUUAGACCCAAACAAAGGUCACUCAGCUUGAUACUUAGCAAUGUUCAGCUUUUGGGCAGGUGGGGAAGAAGGCUAAACUGCUGAUUCUGGCCAAAAGCAAGGCCUUCCCAGGAAUCCUGGGCACAUGCCAUUGGUUGAAAAAUGCUCAAAGGAUAUCUCAUCUCUGUGCUAUUUGUUCAGCACAUGAUGGUCUCCAGUACUACUUGUUAGACACCAUCAACUCUUGAAGCUCAGGGUGGGAGUUCAUAUCCCAUGUGGAGAGGGAAUGGUACUUAAAGAACUUUAGGAUCCUUUUUUUUCCCUUCUUUAUUUGCCAAAGGUCUAACUUUUAAAGUGUCUGAACAGGUUUUGCUGCACUUGACUUUGUGAAAGCUCAUUUACAAUGCACUGAUGGACUGACUCCCCACCCCAUCCCUUUUCACCUUGUGCUUUCAAUGCCCCUUGCCAUGGUAUUGGGAAGCUGUGUGUGUUCUCUGCUUGGGGUGUGUGUGCAGGGGGUGGGGUAUGACAAACACACGGUACCUUCUGAAGUGUAGUUCUUAAAUACAACCAAUGUUGAACAACGGAA